AUGUCUGAACUCAACAGGUCCGCCGAUAAAGCAUAUGCAAUGGACAAGUCCAAGGAUAUAGGAAUUGCGGAGACAGGGGAACGAAUGCAUGGGGUCAACGCCCAGAUUGCAAGUAGAGACAAAGCCCUUGUUUUGCUCGGGCAAAACCAUGUCUCUUUUGAUCCCAAUUCAGAAGAAGCCAGACGUGUUCGCCGGAAAAUUGAUCGGCGUAUCAUGCCAUUGAUAUUUACGGUGUAUCUCCUGCAGCUAUUGGACAAGAAUAGCUUGUCGUUUGCUGCCAUCAUGGGGAUCAAAGAUAGCGCCCAUCUUACAGCGUCGCAAUACUCAUGGCUGGGCUCCAUUGUCUACUUCGGGUAUCUGGGAGGUGAUGUCCCCUCAAUCUUCCUAAUGCAGCGACUUUCAAUAGCCAAGUAUCUUUCAGUUAUGUGCAUGAUAUGGGGUGUCAUCGUCGCAUUACACGCCGCUUGCCAUAGCUUUGGAAGCCUCGCUGCUGUACGAUUCAUUUUAGGCGCUAUCGAAGUUUGUACUGUCCCUGUAGCGAUCCAGAUCACAAGUGCAUUUUACACAAAAGAAGAACAAGUCGUUCGUGUUGCACUGUGGUAUACGACAUCCGGCUGGGGAGGCGUGUUUGGUGGAUUUUUUGCCUGGUGCAUCUAUAAUGCCAAAAGCUUUCGAUGGCAAGGGUUGUUUAUUCUCUAUGGUGGUAUGACAUUCGUCACGGGCCUGAUCAUGUUCUUUCUGCUUGCUGCUUCGCCGACAGAAGCCAAGUGGCUGACCGAAGAGGAAAAGGUCAUUGCUCUGGAACGCGUAAGGCACAACAAGACGGGUACUGAAGUGUGGAAAUUCAGCUGGCCUCAACUGAAAGAGGCACUCAUGGAUGUGCGCUUGUAUAUGAUGUUCCUGUUGUUGGCUUCUAGUGGAUUGCCUAAUGGGGGAGUGACUGCAUUUGGACCGACAAUUAUUUCAGGCUUUGGCUUCACUACCGCGCAGACCACCCUCUUGAACAUGGGUCCCGGUGCCGCACAAGUCGUUGGUACAAUUCUCGCACUAUUCCUGGCAAGGCGCACAAGCCGAACGUUUGCCGGUGCGGCUACUUUAUUGCUUGCUGCCGUUGGCUGUAUCAUGAUGUUUGUUAUUCCGAGUAGUAAUUACAAAGCUCGCUACGGAGGAUAUGUGCUAGUUUAUCAAUACCCCGUUUGUGUUCUGUUCAUCAUCACAUUCUUGACUUCUGGCGUCGCGGGUACCACAAAGAGAUUUGCCUUUUCCUGUUCGUAUCAACUAGGGUAUGCCGUGGGAAACAUCAUCGGUCCCCAAACGUACAGAGCAAAGGAUGCGCCAAAUUACUACCCCGCAAAAUAUACUAUGCUCGCCUUCCUUCUUUUCAAUGCCUUGCUCAUAACAACGUACGGAAUGCUUCAUAAGAUCUGGAAUAAACGUCGCGAUAAGCGUGAUACUCUCGAACCAGGCGUAUCACGGCAUGUUGAGAAUGAAGAAUUUAUCGAUAUCACAGAUUUCAAGUUGAGAUCGUUCAGAUAUCCAGUGUAG